ACUAGAUUUAUCUUUCAAUGUCGCCAACGCGAAGCAAUCAAAUGUACUAUAUUGUUUAAUACGUAAACAAAAGCAGAAAUUAUUUUAUAAAAGCUUACAAAAAUGUCUAAAAUAUUGAGAAAGGGCCAAAUGGCAAUGAAAGCAGCAAAAGUAGAUCAUUCUUCAAAAUUGCGAGUGAUUAUUCCUGCAGGAAUGGCAUCCGCCAAACCACCUCUUGGAUCACAACUUGGACAGAGAAAUAUAAAUGUAGUAAACUUUUGUAAAGAGUUUAACCAACGGACAGAAAACAUUAAGCAAGGUAUACCUCUUCCAUGUCGAGUGAAAGUAAAAGAGAACAAUACUUUCGAUUUAGUUAUACAUAAUCCUCCAGCUACAUAUUUUUUGAAACAUGCUGCUGGAAUAGAAAAGGGAAGAAUGUGUAAAGGCGAAAUAGCUGGUAAAAUAACAUUUAAACAUUUAUAUGAAAUUGCACGUAUUAAAGCAACUGAUCCACCCUUAGCAUUAAUGACUUUACAACAAAUUUGUCAAAUGCUUGUUGGUAUAGCACGUAGUUGUGGCAUUGAAGUUGUACGUUCAUUAGAUCCUGUAGAAUAUGAAGAAUUUAUGAAGCAACGAGAAGAGAAUGUAAGGCUUCGAAAAGAAGAAGCUGAAUUAUCUAAACAAACUAAAUUACUUAGGACAGUAUAAUUAGGGCUUAAUAUAUUAAACUAAU